AUGCCCGCAAAAAUCUCCACAAUGUGUUACAUUCAUGAAUUCACUGAACGACUUACUCUGGAGUUUACGGUAAAUGAAAUUAUGGCUGUUGCAAGAUUGAAUGAUGAUGAUCCGACAAAAAUUUUAUAUUUGAGAGUUAAUGCAAUGUCCGUUAAGUUGAUUGAUAAUAUGGAAUUCGAUGAUAUACCUGCGAUUGGGUUAAAUGUCAUGAUUAUGGGAAUAACCACCAAGACGGUCAGAAAUAUUGAUAAUCAAUCAAUUAUUGAUUUCUAUAUAGAGGAAAACUUAGGAAAUUGA